GAAUCACCUACAUUUUUGGUGUAUGAGUUUCUUGUAGGAAGUUUGACUUGACUGUAUUUACAAUGGGUCAGUGAAUGCUCCAAAUCUUCCUCUCGCGAGAAAUCUCUACGUUGAACAUCAUGUAGCCUACGUGGCUUCACAGCUGAGGCCUGGCAGGGUUUGUUUACAGAGAGGUGGAUGUACUGUUUGUAGAUUGAAAACCUGAACGUGGAGUACAUGCUGUGUAUUCUUUAAGUUUAGCUGUUCUCGAAAAAGCAUUUUAUUGACCGGCGACACAGCAGCAGCAGCGGGAGCGGGGCUGUGACGUUUACUUCCUGCUGCAGCUGCUGUAAACAAGCUUUCUGCCGACUCUCCGGUCUGCUGGACUGAUAUGGCGGAGAGCGGCUCGUCGGUUGAAUUUUCCGGCUCUCUGACGAGCUCGAAUCUUCCGCCGCCGAGGACCCGUAUCUUCAAAAUCAUCGUGAUCGGAGACUCGGGUGUCGGGAAAACCUGCCUCACGUACCGCUUCUGUGCCGGCAAGUUCCCCGAGAAGACCGAGGCCACGAUCGGGGUGGACUUCAGGGAGAGGCUGGUGGAGAUUGACGGAGAGAAAAUCAAGAUCCAGCUAUGGGACACUGCGGGCCAGGAGCGCUUCAGGAAGUCCAUGGUGCAGCACUACUACCGCAACGUGCACGCCGUGGUCUUCGUUUACGAUGUCACCAACGGCACCAGCUUCCGCAGCCUGCCGGCCUGGAUAGAGGAGUGUAAGCAGCACGCUCUGGGCUCUGAGGUACCCAGGAUUCUUGUGGGGAACAAGUGUGACCUCCAAGACUCGGUCCAGGUGGGUACAGACGUGGCGCAGCAGUUUGCAGACACCCACUCCAUGCCCCUGUUCGAGACGUCCGCGAAAAACCCAAACAGCCAGGGAGACAGAGGAAACAGUGACCAUGUGGAGGCUAUUUUUCUGACGGUGGCACACAAGCUCAAGUCUCAGAAGCCCCUGGUACUGAGCCAGCCCCCUGUGGGGUCAGGGGGCACCAUCAACCUGAGCAAGGGGGGGACAGAAGGGGGAGAGGGAGCGAGGAGCUGGGGUUGCAGCGGCGGAUGCUGAGGGAGAACUUCAGGGCUGCACUACACCAUGAAGCUUGCAUCGAGUCGAGGUCUAUAAAGGGAGAAUGGAUGCUGCACAAUCAGAACACACACACACACACACACCUCAUAUAGAAGAGGAUCAUUUAUUCGCAUGCCUGUGAGUUAUUUUAUACAUGCUUUUCAGUGUUUACAGUUUGAUUGUUUUGGAGUCGUGUUCAUUGGAGUGAUUUUAUUUUGUAGGGAUGUGAAGUGUGUAAUUAGAUUUCAAAAUGAAAUCAAUGUCAUGCUUAUGAGUAACAGAAAGUGCAAUGAACACUAAGUUAGAAAAUGCAACACUUGCCCAAUUCCACAUGAUGGAAAUAAAACAUGUCCAGUAUUCUAUCCGAAUACUGACUUCUCUCUACAUUCCAAUAAUCUUCUGUUUGCAUAUUUAUGGAUAGUCAAAGCACGAUCUCAACCCUCUGUUGAUUACUACGCUGGUGUAUUAUAAGAUUCUAUACGUUAAGGUGAGCAAGGUUUGAAUGACAGGUGUUCCUAAACAUCGGUGUGAUUGGGCCAUUUCGUUAUUGAGAGAGCUGUAACUGGCUACUGCUAGCCCUGGUGGCUACAGUGUUAGCUCCAUAGCUAGUCAUGGGCUGCGUCUCACUUCGGUUAUUUCUCAUUUCCUCGCUCCUCGGUCUCAGUAUCACCGGAAGUUGAUUUGUCUGCACCAUCUUGAGUAGCGUCCCAGUGGCCUUUGUCACAGAUGAUACAUAUGUUUAUGUCGGUAAAUGUGUGUUAGCGAAAAUAACGGGGACGAUCAGCUGUGCGGCGUCAUCACAAACGGACGUCGCUUCACGUGACGCUCCGGAGGAAAGGACGUCCCAUUGCUCUUAAAACUCAUUUCCUUGCGUCUCUCCAUGCUUCCCUGGUGAGAGGGACUAAACGCAGGGAAACGACGAAAGUGAGGGACGCAAUGAUUUCAUUUAACCGAAGUGAGAUGCAGCCUUGGUCAUUGUAACAGUUAAGGUGAAUCCUUAAAAUCCUAUCUGUAUAACAGGGAGGAGGAAGUGUCACCACAAAUUGUCUGAAAGAGUCACGAAAAGGGAAGCUGUUAAGAUCAUGGAAAUGAAAUGAAGAGAAUGUGAUGAUUUGCCUGUUCCCUCUUGUUUAUGAAUGCUUUGAAAGAGAGUGGUGCAGGAAUGACUCCAAAAACCUGGAAAUGAGUUAGCAGUUCCAGUUGCCUCAUCCCAAAGAUAACGAUUUUUUAACGUGUUUGUUGGCAGAAGCCUGAAAUGAGGUCUGUGGUUAACACAAGCUUAAGAGAUAUUCACAUUUGUUCGUUUUUUAGGCCUAGCAUUAGCUUUUUACUUAUACUUAAAAAUAUGAGAUAAUCCUGUUGAACAAAACGUGUUAUAAAAGUGUGUUUGCCAAAUAUCUGAUUUUCUAAAAUAUUCCAAAAUCCAAUCGAAUAAUCCCAUUGCUUUUUGCGAAGGAGCCCUUGCUUACUUCCAGGUGGGCCUAUACAAAUACAUAAUCACUGCAGCACUGUUUAGCUAGAUUAUCAAACAAGACUAAAGUACUGUGUAGGCUAGUGAAUCAAACACAUACCUCUUACAGUGUAAAAGAAGCCUACACCCACUAUGGCUCCCGUAUGCUAGCUUGUGAUAAACUAUUCAGCUUUGUAUGAUAAACGCGGACACCAUUGAAUCCUUCACAAGCCAAGAUGCACCACAAGUUGGGCUCCAUGUCAUGAUUGUUUGGAUGUAUGUUGUGGCCCCAGCUGGUCCUGUGGCCCCUCUUCUGAUCACGCAGUCACAUGACCUCUCAGGACUCUCAACGACCCUCUCUGCGGUGGAGGACAUCACGUGGGUCUUUUUCUUAGCUUCGGGUGUUGCUUCUGUUCUUCAAGUGACCUUUGUUUUAUGAAUGCUAUCAUUUCAUUUGCCUUCUCUUCACUUCAGCCAUCAACAACAAAUACUGUAUUUCUCAUUGGAGUGACAGAAUGCUAUGUGCACACUGUGAGUAAUGAAUUAAUCUAUCCAGGACAGGUAGUUGCAAUGGUGUUAACGUGUGUAACCCUGCAAUAAACUACCCUGGACAUUUCAAAA